GGAUCAUAUAUAACGAAUGCUCCUGCAUGCAGAAGCUUUUUGGAGCAUCUAAUUAAAGGUUCAUCAGUUUCCAGAUUAUACAGCACCCGGCAAUAUUUUAAGGGACAUGAUAUGCUGGCUCCAUUCACAGCUGGGUGGCAGACCACCGAUGUGAAUCCUUUGGUUAUUGAAAGGUCUGAGGGGAGCUAUGUGUAUGAUAUCAAUGGAAAAAAGUAUUUGGAUGCUCUUGCUGGUCUGUGGUGUACAUCAUUAGGUGGAAAUGAACCUCGGCUUGUUGCUGCUGCAACUGCUCAAUUGAAUAAGUUGCCAUUUUACCAUUCGUUCUGGAAUCGAACAACGAAACCGGCAUUAGAUCUUGCCAAGGAACUUGUUGAAACUUUUACUGCAAGCAAAAUGGCAAAAGUAUUCUUUACCAAUAGUGGAUCUGAAGCAAAUGAUACACAGGUGAAGCUUGUUUGGUAUUAUAAUAAUGCACUGGGAAGGCCGAAGAAGAAGAAAUUCAUUGCUCGAGCCAAAUCAUACCAUGGCUCAACUUUGAUAUCAGCUAGUCUUUCAGGACUCCCUCCUCUUCAUCAAAACUUUGAUCUUCCAGCUCCAUUUGUGUUGCACACAGACUGCCCUCAUUACUGGCGCUAUCAUCUACCAGGUGAAACCGAGGAGGAUUUCUCAACCAGAUUAGCCAACAAUUUAGAAAAUCUUAUCCUGAAAGAGGGUCCAGAGACGAUUGCUGCAUUCAUUGCUGAGCCUGUGAUGGGAGCUGGUGGUGUUAUACCUCCUCCUGCUACUUAUUUCGAGAAGGUACAAGCUGUUGUGAGAAAAUAUGACAUACUUUUCAUCGCAGACGAGGUUAUUUGUGCGUUUGGAAGGCUUGGGACAAUGUUUGGAUGUGACAAGUACAACAUAAAACCAGAUCUUGUUACAUUAGCAAAGGCACUUUCUUCAGCAUAUGUGCCCAUUGGAGCAAUCAUGGUGAGCCCUCAAGUUACAGAAGUCGUUUAUUCUCAAAGCAACAAGCUCGGUACUUUCUCUCAUGGAUUCACCUACACCGGGCACCCCGUAGCCUGCGCUGUUGCAAAUGAAUCGAUCAAGCUCUACAAGGAAAGGAAUCUUGUUGAGAAGGUGAAGAGGAUAUCCCCAAGGUUUCAAGAUGGUUUAAAAGUAUUUUCAGACAGCCCUAUUGUUGGAGAGAUCCGUGGUACCGGCUUGAUUCUGAGUACGGAAUUUACGGACAACAAGUCACCUACUGAUCCUUUCCCUCCUGAAUGGGGACUUGGUGCAUAUUUUGGGGCACAGUGUGAGAAGCAUGGGAUGGUAGUACGUGUUGCAGGCGACACCAUAAUGAUGGCUCCACCAUUUAUAAUAUCUCCUCAUGAGGUUGAUGAGUUAAUAAACAUAUAUGGGAAAGCAUUGAAGGCGACUGAGGAGAAGGUGAAGGAACUCAAGUCUAAGCACAAGAAAUAGUGAUCAGUUUUCUAUUUUGGUGAUGAUGCUGAAAAUUAUG